AUGGAAAAGCCUACGCAACGCCACGCACGAACCUCCUCACUCUCGCUCGACCCCAUUCGACUUACGCAACUGAGAAAAAUCAUCAGUUUCCUCGAAGAAAUAAAACAGGAAAUCAAAAAUCUACAACAAUCAGUCGAUUCCGUACUCGAAGAAACCAAACAGUUAUCGCAAGAUCAGAAAGACGCGCAUUCCAACGACGACCAGAGGACGAGUCAUGAUGAUUCAGACGACACCAACACAGAAGGCAAAAAGGAACAGGCUGCCAUACUAAAAAACAUCGAUUUCAUGGAAAGCCUGGAAAAGGAACGAGAAGAAAUGGACACCGAUGCUGACCACGAAGCUCAACAGAAAGAAAUGAGAAAAAUACAAAUCCUGCAAGAAAUCGAACAGCUACGACAAGGAAGAAACAAUUUUAACCAAAUCAUAGAUGAACUCAAACAUCAACGUUUUUGCCCUCCAAGAAAUUUCGAUGAAGGGCCCAUCACCUUUGAAGCAGAUAGAGCCACACGUUGCGCAUUUUGCGAACUACGCGGCGAACACUAUUCAGACAAAUGUCCAUCGUUUCGUGAUAUACAAGAACGCUGGAGAAUCUUGGAACAAAAAGGAAGAUGUCAACUUUGUUUAGAAUUAUAUUGCGUCGGAGAGAAAAGCGAACCUAUAUGGCAACAACUCGCUAAUGCUCGCGAUGGACUCACACAAUGCUCAGCAAAAAUCCAACAACUGGAAAAAGAAUUAUCCAUUAUUGAAAUGUCUGGACCAAAUGGCAACAACCGCGCAGAAGCCGUCGCCGAGACAAAACACAAGAAAGAAAGCGCUAUAAAAACACCUCGCUCAAUCGCACGCACGCCGCCGUUUUUACCUUUUCUGCAAGACUAUGCACCUGGAUGCGUUAAAUUGGUUAGGAUGGAUCGUACGCUUACGGCGCAACUAUUGGCAACGACAGCUUUCGUGCAGCAUCUCCUCAGGUGCAGAACAUUAUCCGCACCACCUCAACAUCUGAAGAACGCGCACAUCCAAGCCUGUUCAACCUGCACAAGCUCCCCAUGAAUUGCGGAACAUAACUUGAAAGUCCGGACUUCUUCAAGACAGGAAACAGGAACAAAUGAGUUCUUAUUCUUUUUGAAUUUUGCCUUUUCCUCUUUGAAAUUAGGGAAUAGAUUUUUGUCUCCCAGCUUCAUUUUUCCAUAUCAGCUAGCUUGAUGUUUGGGUACUUAUUUUCUUCGCUAAUUCUCUUUCACUCUGAGUAUGCGUUGGCUCCUCUCACAUUCAAUGCUCUCUAGAAUCUUUCACGUCGUUUCGCCAUUUCACAAAAUCGCUUUUGUAGAUAUUUUCAAACUAAAGAGUCUCCGCUGGUGUUGAAACACAUCGUAAAGAAGUGUAGCCUCUCACAUCUCAUUAUGCAACUACUGAUUUGCUCUAUUUCCAAAUUUGCUUUCAUGAUAUUCAGUUUGUUCGGGUUCAGCUGUAAGAUCUAGCUUUGUUCUGUUGUAAGGUUGCCUACAUCCUAACUCUCCUCUUCUUUUGCUUUGUGAUUCUUGAUUCUAGGGCAAACGUGAGUUCGCAUAUAAUGUCAUUCUGUUGCCUUGUUUAAGCAAAAAUAAAGGCACCC